UAGGGGUAUUUUAGAUGAUGCCACCUAGCUAGAAAGUUAGCUAACUGUAGCUACUAAAAUAGGUUGUCGUUUUGCUAUGUUUUUGGGGAAUAACAUUGUUUGCGUCCAUCAGCUAGCUAGCUAGCUUUUUUUUAUGACAAGCACAGUAGUUUGGGGAAGUGUGACAGCGGCAGGUGCGCGAGACAACUUUACCAGCGUCAUAGCAUAUGUAUCGGUGAAUGGUUGUGACAUGAAAUACGAGUGAUUGUGUAAUCAACGUGUAAAAAAUAUAUGAGCGUGUUAAAUUAUAAAGACCAAAACGGCGGGUAUUUUCUUGCUCCUCCCGUUACCGCGAAUCUCAUAUUGUUUGAAAAUAACUUUUGUUGAUGUCAUCGGGAUUUUUUUUCUCUCUCCAAAACAGAAAUGCGCCGUUUUCACAUAUGUAGACACUGGUAUUGUCCUGGAGAUACUCUAUGAGUUUGAAAAGUGGCGGAAUUACCCUUUAACACAAAAACAGUGGUAGUCAAUGAUUGGAAAGUACAUUAGCAUUUUCUGCCCAUUCGUUUGCUGUCUAUUCCUUGGGUGAAUAGCUCACAGAAGGGAGAGUGGGGCAUGUUGAGCCAUUUUUACAGUCAGCAUCACUACGUCAAGGGAAAUAUAGUAUUCUUUCAAACAAAAAUAUCUACAUAUAUUUCAAGAUGUGUAUCCCUGGAAAUAAUCAGAAGUCAUGUAAACAUAGUUUGUCCAAAAAUUGGGUAAAUUGAGCAUCGGGACAGGACACUGGACGUAGAUCUCCUCAUUCUCGCGUUCCGAUUGGCUGAAGGGCUACUGGCUAUGUCAUCUGAAAAAGGGGUCUGGAGUGUUCAUAGUGAACAUUGAUUAAAGCAGUGUUUGGAGUAUCAUCAUACCCAUGGAGGACAGGGGAGAGGGGGAAGAGCCUGCAGCCGGUCUGCACUUUGUGGGCACGAAGGAAGACCUGAUAAAAGCCAAGCGGUCGUUCAGGACCCUGGAGGGCAGGGACAUACUGGUGCUCUAUCACCAGGAGAUUUUCUAUGCUCUGGACUUCCACUGUUACCAUGCUGGGGGACCAUUGCAAAAUGGAGACAUAGAGGAAUUUGACGGCAAGCUGUGCAUAGUGUGUCCAAAGCACAAGUACAAGAUCUCUCUCGCUGAGGGGGAGGGCAUCUACAGGGCCACCAACCCUUAUGCCCCAGUGCCCACAACAAGGUGGUACUCCAAGGGCAUCAAGCAAAGAGUCCACACGGUGACCGAGACUGACGGGGACGUUUAUGUCACACUGUCCCACAUGUCCCGUUUUAUCGAGUCUGACUACUUCCAGGGAGAGAAGGGUAAAGUAGAGAGGGAGAGAAUGGAGGCCGAAGAUUAUUCUAAGAAAUCUAACACAACCUCCUGAUGGACUGUAUGUCAAUAGUCUAAAAUGGCUUCCUCUCCUUGCCUCCUCAUCUGCACUGAUCUGAAGGGAAGGUAAAGGAGCGAAGGAGGCGAGAAGAGGAAGCCAGGUCCAACUAUUAACAUACAUUUGGGGUUUUCCUAAAGUUUACUUGUCUUCAAAUGGGGAUGUAGUAAUUAUGGCAACCUUGACAUUUGAUUUGUGUCCAGAGACUUGAGCAGCCAAUCAGAUCUCUGACAUAAAUAUGCUAAGGCAGGAUGUGAGUGAACUGAGUUUAAAAACGACCAAUCACAUGUUUCCUUAAUGUAUGGGGUAGGGGUAACGUUAUCUGGGUUUUUUUUGGUGUAAAUUUCAUACAUUCCACAAGAAUCUGUUUUUAUGUGUUUUAGGCUAUCACGUUACGUUAUCUUAUACAGAUUAUCUCACUCACUGCUCAGCCGACUUGUGAAUUGUAGCUCCUUCUCACGUGGGAUGAGUUAAGUCUACAGAGCACAACACUCAGUAAUAAAGCUAAUAAAAUGAG